UUAUAAUUACACUUCUCUUCUUUUCCCUCUCCUCUAGUCCUCUGCUUUUUUUUUUAAUGAACUCAAAAUUAAACACACCCCAUUUUUUCCCUUGAAAAUCAAAUCAAACAACAUAAAUCUCUCUAAAAUUGUAGAAAGAAUCCACAAAAUUAAAUGGCGAUGAACUUGAAAAUGGGCACAAGACCACCUUGGGUGGGUCUUGGAGCAGCAGUUUGGGUGCAAAUUGCAUCAGGAAAUGCUUAUAAUUUCCCUCUUUAUUCACAUUCUUUAAAAUCAGUUCUGAAUUUGAAUCAAAGACAGUUAACAAUGCUUGGAGUUGCAAAUGAUAUUGGAGAAAAUGUGGGUCUUCUUCCUGGGAUUGUGUGUAACAAAUUCCCACCAUGGAUUGUUCUUGCAAUCGGGGCUUCUUGCUGUUUCUUUGGUUAUGGUGUUCUUUGGCUUUCCCUAAGUCGCAUUGUUCUAUCUUUGCCAUAUUGGCUGUUGUGGCUGGCACUUGUUGUCGCCACCAAUAGCAGUGCAUGGCUGAGCACUGCAGUGCUUGUUACCAACAUGAGGAACUUUCCUGUUAGUCGAGGAACAGUUGCGGGCAUCUUGAAAGGCUAUGCAGGCCUAAGUGCUGCUGUUUAUACAGAGAUCUAUAGUGUUAUUCUUCACAGCUCUUCUCCCAACCUCUUGUUGUUCCUGGCUCUUGGAGUUCCUAUCUUAUGCUUUAUUGUCAUGUAUUUUGUACGACCUUGUACCCCAUCUUCCCGAGAAAGCUCUGCUGAGAACUGUCAUUUUGCUUUCAUCCAAGUUGCUAGUAUUUUGCUCGGCAUUUAUCUUCUCUCAACCACUAUUCUGGGUUACGUUUUUUCUCUAAACCGUCCUAUGUCCUACAUUAUACUUACCUUCAUGAUAGUCUUCCUUAUGGCACCUCUCAUGAUUCCGUUAAAGAUGACACUUUUCCCGUCAAAUUCUAGGCAGAGUAAUAUGAAUGCACAAGAAACGGGGUCUUCAAGUUCCUUGAUUGAAUCCACAGAACCAUUGUUAACUCUGUCAUCCUCGGCAGGAAAUUUGGGAAGUGUUUAUGAGAAUGAAGACUCAUCAGACAUUAAUAUGCUCCUUGCUGAGGGAGAGGGCGCCAUAAAGAAGAGGCGACCUAGACGUGGGGAGGAUUUCACGUUCCAGGAAGCAAUUAUUAAGGCUGAUUUUUGGCUUCUUUUCUUGGUAUACUUUGUUGGAGUUGGUUCAGGGGUGACAGUUCUUAAUAACCUUGCUCAGAUAGGGAUAGCAUUUGGAAUGCCAGACGCAUCAAUACUCUUAUGUCUCUUCAGCUUUUUCAAUUUUGUGGGCCGUCUUGGUGGCGGUUCUGUUUCUGAGUAUUUUGUCAGGACAAGGACACUUCCUAGGACAAUCUGGCUGACAUGCACACAAGUAAUAAUGAUAAUCGUGUACCUUCUGUUUGCUUGGGGUGUUGAUGGCACCCUCUAUGCUGCAACCGGGAUGUUAGGUCUCUGCUUCGGUGUUCAAUUCUCUAUCAUGAUCCCCACUGCCUCUGAAUUGUUCGGGCUGAAGAACUUCGGGAUAAUCUACAACUUCAUGUCUAUUGGCAACCCACUUGGUGCACUUCUCUUCUCGGGUUUACUAGCCGGAUACAUUUAUGAUAUUGAGGUUUCAAAGCAAUAUGGUAUAAAUAUCCCAUAUGCUAACUCACAUACGUGUUACGGCCCAAACUGUUUCCGGAUCACUUUCGUUGUACUGGCUUGUAUAUGUGGCAUUGGCUCCAUCCUGAGUAUUGUUUUAACCACACGGAUAAAACCCGUGUAUCAAAUGCUUUAUGCUGGAGGAUCCCUUCGGCAGCCUUCAAGCACAAAUGAAUGAGAAUCCGGAGCUUGAAGUUUGUGAGGUAGCAUAUGAUUUACCAGCCUUUCUCUUGGCUUUUAUGUAAAUGUAGAUCAUAUAUAGUAUAGAUGUACAGAAGGAAGAAGGCCAAAAUAUAUGUGCUUGGUCAAAUCAGAACUUAUAGGUCUUUGAUUUGUCUGUCUGAUUGGUGAAAAUAUAUGAUGGGGGUGUAAUACUGUGUAAAUUUAGGAUUGUGCUAUAAUCACAUGGUGUAGCUAUUGAAUUCUUUUGAAGAUGAUAAUACGAUAAAAAGGUUACCUA